CAGAGUUCGGUUUAUCUUUGGACUUUGGCCUGAACAGUUUCAGAGGUCCAUUAAGUCAGUGAACUCUGACCUAUUGAGUAACUGAGGUAAACAAAACCCAAAGAGAUGAACCAGUGAUGGGAUGGCUCAACAGUGGGCUGAGUACAUUGUUUGGGUUCUGACCUGAAGGAUGGUUUUCAGGUCCAGCUCCACCAGGUGGGUGGGAUCAACAUGGAUUAGCUCCGCCCCCUGCAGGAUAAAACCUGCAGCUGAUCUCCAGCUUCAGCUCUGAUUCUCACCCUUCAGUGAUCUGCCAGCAUGUGGCCUUCAGAGACGCUGAGCUUCUCCCACAACCCAGAAACAAACACCACCAGCCCCGUGGACUGGACCCAGGUGUACGAGGCCAUCAGGUGGAUCCAGCUGAUCAUGGCUCUGUUCAGCAUUCUUGGUUCAGGCUCCAUCAUCUUCCUGAUUAUUCCGAGACUCAGGCUGACGCCGGAGCUCCAGCCUCUGUUCCAGCUCAGCCUGGCGGACCUGGUGCUAGCUGCCUGCUGGCUGAUCGGAGCCAUCCUUUACUCUCAGCGAUGCAACCAUCUGAGCACGCUCUGCUACAACCUGCACACUGUGGAGCAGAUUCUUUACAUGGCCUCCUUCUUCUUCACCCUGAACUACGUGUGGAACCUCUUCACAGUAACCAGAGAGAAGUUCAACAGCUGCUUAAGUGGAUACUCCGUACAGUUUUCCAACAGUGUGUCUCUGGCAGCUAAAAUGAUCAUUGCGAUUUCAAUUCUGGUCCCCACGCUGCUGAUGGUCCCUGUGUUCAUACUAGGCAACAUCAACCACUGUCAGGCCAACUUCACUGAGCCCUACAGGUGUCUGCUGAUGCACACUGGAGCCCUGUUUCUGCGCCCAGGCCACCAGCAGUUGAGCGCCACCUGCAGCUUCCUGCACAUCUACCAGAUCGUGGUCUUCCUGAGCAUCUUUCUCCUCACCCUGCUGAGCAUCACGGUCCUCGUGGUCAAAGCUCGAUGCAUCUACAGGCGGGCUGUGACGGCAAACGGUUACCUAGGCAACGAGCAGCGGGCCUUGUUCCGAGUGAUGGACCUGCGGAUGCUGCUGUACCCUCUGGUCUUCAUCUUCUGCUGGGGACCAGCGGUGGCUCUGGCUUUUCUUCGGGUGGCGAAGCCCUCAUCAGGUCACGGUGUGCUGGGGGUCUGCCUCUACAUAUCUGAGGCUUUCACCUCGGCCUCUCAGGGGUUCCUCAACUGUCUGGUCUACGGUUGGACACGUCUGCACCUGCGACGCGCUGGCUUGACGUUUUUCUCCCGAGACGUGGACACUCAGACACCCCUGCUGCGCUCCCAGCAGAUCAGGAGCUAUCUCGCUCCUCGGACCAUCGGCUGAGGGGUGGAGCGGAGCUGAGGAUGAACUGAGACUGAGUGAGGGGUGGGGGAGGGUUUUUUGUUUUCUGUCACAAACACUCAAAAGGGGGUGUUAACUUUCACUUUCUGCUGGAGGAAAAACUCCACGUCUGAGUUUCUGCAUGGGACACAGACUUCCACCUCUGAUCCUGAGCCACCGAGGUGAGAAAAGAGGAAGAAGAAGAGCGAGGGGGAGUUUACCUCAAGGGGAAGAACAAAGAAAACAGGAUUUGAGAAAGCUUUAUUUAGCUCCGAAACCUCACAGGGGGCUUGUUUCUAAUUCAGGUUAAAUAAUCUCUGCACCCUGGAAGCAUCAGAGACUGAAGAUCCUAAGAUCUGAUGUCACCUCAACAGCUUCAAUGGAAAUAACUAAUUAAAAGGUCAAAAACAGAAGUGCUUUGUUUGCUGCUUUCUUGUCUCUCAUCCACCUGCUGCUAAAGCGGAGUAAGCUCUGCAAUGGUGGUAACACGCUUCUUUAGCACUCCUUCAGCCUUCGGGACCCUCUUGGACGUCCUGAAGCUUCUUCUCUGCACUUGAACCUCUCAGGCUGAAGUUCUUGAGGAUCCAGAGAACUGUUCUUUCCGCUGCUGUUCUCAGCAGCUGGUUCCUGCAUGCGAGGCUGUUUGGAUGCAAAGUGAUGCUGCUUCUCUUUGGAGGAAACCUUUACACACAAUG